AUGAGGAGAGAACAAAACUUCAAUAGCUUUGACACACAGAGCCACGUGCAGAUGAAUGAAAAAGCUGCAUCGUGUUCCACUCUGCAGAAAGCGCUGGCUUUUUAUGCUAAGUUGCCUCUGGGACUUCUUGAAAUCUGGUUCUCCCAUGAAGGCGAUAAUCCCAGCUAUAACUGCCAACCUUAUGAGUCAGACGGCAGGACGGAAAGGAAGAGUUCAGAGUCUUCUCACAGCCCCAGCCCUGCUUCUCCAGCCCAGGAUCAAAUUCACGGGAGAUACGCUGCAAGCCAAGGAAUUCACUGUGGCAAGAACAAAUUUAAAGCAUCUUUCAGCACUGAAAAAUUCAGACGGUACAGUUACGAGGAAAGCACUGUAGGAAAUUAUGACAGGUUUCUCAAGAGCAGCAGAAACCCCUUUCACCCUUACAAGAGGCAGAUCAGCGAAGACGUCUUCCAGGAAGCACAUCAGGCCCUUCCACCAGAAGGUUCACCCUUCAAAACCGCCAGAAGCAUCGAAGGUUUUGAAGGCCUACCAGGAUCUACAGGUCCUGACGAGUCAGAGUCAUUUCCCACACACAUCCCAAACAUCUCCACAGAACAACCAUGGUGUAACAGCCUCCAGUACAGCACCACAGGUCAAGAUCACAGUUCACAAGUCAUGCAGGAUUCAGACAUCAAGCUUAGGACAUCCCCACUGGAAGGACAGCCCGGUUUGUACUGCUACCAGCCUCAAGUACAGCAGAUGUACUGCCCCUCACACCCUUUCCAUCAGUAUCCCUCGGGAGGCAGCUAUCCUGUGACCUAUAUCACUUCUUCACACUACCCUUACCAAAGAAUUGCUCCUCAAAGCAGUCAAGAAUCCCAGCAGCCUCUAUUUCCCAAACCCAUCUACUCCUACAGCAUCCUGAUCUUCAUGGCACUCAAAAACAGCAAGACAGGGAGUUUGCCAGUCAGUGAGAUUUACAAUUUCAUGACCGAACACUUCCCUUACUUUAAGACAGCUCCAGAUGGCUGGAAGAAUUCUGUACGCCACAACUUAUCUUUGAACAAAUGCUUUGAGAAAGUCGAAAACAAGUCAGGCAAUUCUUCUCGAAAAGGCUGCUUGUGGGCUCUGAAUCCAGCCAAAAUUGAUAAGAUGCAGGAGGAGCUUCAGAAAUGGAAGAGGAAGGACCCAGUUGCUGUAAGGAAGAGUAUGGCAAAGCCAG